CAACAGGAAACGUCUUUGUAAACGUCAACAUGCCGACGAACAAGAAACCGAACAAGAAAUCAAACAAGAAACCGAAAAAGCAACAGCCCCGAAAACCUACAAGAGAAAAACAAGACAAGAAAAAUAAUGUUUCUGUGAACAAAACCUUUGGGCCGGAGUUUAAGUGUCUUCUGGUUCAGAUGAUUCAUUGGUUUUUUGAUCAUCAACAGGAAGUUGAACAGAAUUUAAGUCUUAAAGACGGAGAACGAUGUGGAUCCAUCAACAUGGAGGACUUUGAGCUUGUUGUGUUGAACUUGGACGCCCCCUGUGGGCAGGAUCAGCUCCACGUCCUGACCGAGCAGCUGAAAACCAGCGAUGGUGCGAUCGCUUACCGAGACGUCAACAAACAACUCCAGAGGUUAAGACUCGGCGACGACACUGUGACCUCCGAGGACGUCAGCGCUGACGGGCGGAUGUUAAAUCCUCACAAAGAAAGGUUCCUUCGCCUCAGCGUCAGACUCCUCCCCUUCCACUUCUCUGCAAAACAUCCCGCCAACUUUGACGUGGUGUUGUCGAGCAGCUGCAGGGUCAUCACUCUGAUUGGGAUCAUUCGGGACCGGGUCGGGAUCCAGACCUCCAGGCUGGAGGUCUUCCGGUGCCGAGAGUCCACAGAGGAGUCCCGCCUCCUGCCGGAGAACUCCCUGGAGGGGUGUGGCUUCAGAGGAGGAGCAGAGGAGACGCUGUACUACGACUACACGCCCAUGUUCACCGACUGUCCAGUUCUCAACUGUGACCACUACCUCAGGUCAACACCAGGACCGGACUCUGUCCAUGGAUGUGGUCUGAAUAAGAAAUCAUCAAGCAGCCACCAUGGAGUGACAAAAACAACUCAAGUUUGA